AUGACGGCCACCAAGGUUUCCCUCCGGGAGCUGGCCGACUUGGCCAUCGGCACGCCCGAGGUGGGCGCCGUCAACUUCACUGCGCUCCAUACGCUGAUCGUGGCCAUCCUCAAGAAUCUCAACCUCCAUGAGGCCCAGAUCGACUUCAAGUCCCAGGCCCUAGAGCAGGUCCGGUACCACGGGACCCCCCGGCCCUCCGUCAGCGCUCCCCAGCUGUCCCUGCCCAAGGAGAGGAGGAGGAGCAUGAGCAAAGUGUUACCCCAGGUGCUGGAGAGCCAGGUGAAGGACCUGGGUGUGCAGGUCCAGGACCUCAGCAAGCAGCUCAAGACCAUGGAGACCCAGGUUCAGGGCAUCGUCACCCAUGUGCAGCACUUUACCUCCCAGGCCAUCGGGAUCAACCCAGACACCCGCGAGUGGCUGGAGGAGAAGUUGGUGACCACGAUGAUGCCCGAAAAGGCAAUGGCCACCCUGAUGCCUGAGAAGAAGGUGAUGAUGACCACACUGAUACCUGAGGAAUCAACGACCACCGCAAUGCCUGGGAAGAAAUCAACAACCACGGGGAUGCCCGAGAAGUUGAUGACUUUGGGGAAGCCCGAGAAGUUGACUACCUCGGGGAUGCCAGAGAAGAAGUCGAUAACCACACUGAUGCCUGAGAAGCUGACGACCACAAUGAUGCCCGAGGAGCCACAAAGGGGGUCCUUGAGAAUCGUGAAGGACGAUGAGGAAGCCGAAGUGAGCAUCACCCAGGUGAGCGAGCAGGGGUGCAGCUAUGCAGUCCUUCCGCAGAUUUCUCCCUUGCAGGCCAUGGGGCUGCUCCAGGACACCAUACAAGAGGUGCAAAUCCUGCAGGAAGCCCACCAAAAGGUGCAGGAGCUUCCCGAGAUGAAGGCCCAGAUUGCCCUUGAAAAGCGGGUUGAGGAAUUGGAGAAGCAGGCCAAAGAACGGGACCACAUCCUGGGCCCAUAUGAGUCUGAGAACAGAUCACCCAAGACUUGCUGGCCACUUGGACAUGGCGACGGAUUUGGUUUUUCUUGGUGUAUGUUUGGUGUGUAUGUCUGUUAUUGUCAGGACCAAGUGAUCCGGAAGCUGAGUCUGAUUCCUGUUGGAGACGAAGUCACCAUGGUCACUUGGGAAGAGCUGGAGCAGGCCAUCACUGACGGCUGGAAGGCUUCUCAAGCGGUGAGCAAACCAGGAGGCCUGGGCAGGGGUCUCAGGUGCAGCCCACAGAACCUCCUCCCUUCUCAGAAAGGCAUACCCAUUGCUGUUGAGUCGAUUCCGACUCAUAGUGACCCCAUUAUGACCUCGGAGACAUCGACAGUUGCUCCUAAGCACAAAGGGCAGGGUCCCUUGACUUCAGCUGAUACGAGUCAAAGUGGAGUCUCCACCAAGCACCCGAGCACCGAUUCUACUGGUGGUUUUGUCCUGUCUAAGACCUUAUCAGGAUCCAGUGGCACAGGACACCCUUCUGACAGGACUUCUAGCAGGGAUCGUAGCAGAAUUCCCUCCAUGAUUGGGUUUCCUAUGAGAGAACAGCACUCAAGGACCCGUGAUCAAGCCGGCAUGCCAAGACCCCAUCACCCCUCUGUAUCUCAGUUCAGAAUAGAUACAGACCGUCACAGGAGUCGAGAGCAGCACAGUUCGUUACACCCAGGAAGGGAUGAGCCAGACGCACACCCUGGCCUAGUCCAACAGGAUUCAACCUUGUCUAGAGAUCAGCUUGGUUUGGGGUACCCAGAUCAACUAAGCAGGAUCUACUUAAGCCCAGAUCAAGUCUAUCUAGGGCAAUCUCAGUAUGGCUUAGGGCCACCUGGCAUGGACCAACCUAGACUGGUAUAUCCUAGCAUUUAUCCACAUGGUGUGGUACCACCCAGCACGGGUCAGCAGGGUGUGGCACCAGCCGGCAUGGAUCAGCAGGGUUUCAUACCACCAUUGGUACCUGGCAGAGAUCAGCAAGGAUUGCCACCUAGCACAGAGCAGCGUGGUAUGGUACCUCCUGGCAUAGACCACCAUGGUGUGGAGCAGAUUGACAUGGAUGCGCAUGGAUUUGUACCACUUGGCAUGGAUCAGUAUGAGUCGGUUAUACCUUUUAUAGAUCAGAGUGGUUUGGUACCACCUGGUUUGACACAAGCUGGUACAGAUCAGCGAGCUUUUGUGCAGCCCCAUUUGGAAGCACCUGGUUUCAUACAACCUGGCACAGAACAGCAUGAUUUGGUCCAGCCUGGCUCAGACCAGCGUAGCUUGGUCCAACCUGGCACAGACCAACGUAGUUUGAUACAGCCUGGGGCAGAUCAGCAUGGUUUGGUGCAGCCUGGGGCAGACCAGCGUGGUUUGGUGCAGCCUGGGGCAGAGCAGCGUGGCUUGGUCCAACCUGGGGCAGAGCAGCGUGGCUUGGUCCAACCUGGGGCAGACCAGCGUGGUUUGGUGCAGCCUGGGGCAGUCCAGCGUGGCAUGGUCCAACCUGGGGCAGAGCAGCGUGGCUUGGUCCAACCUGGGGCAGACCAGCGUGGCUUGAUGCAGCCUGGGGCAGUCCAGCGUGGCAUGGUCCAACCUGGGGCAGUCCAGCGUGGCUUGGUCCAACCUGGGGCAGACCAGCGUGGCAUGGUCCAACCUGGGGCAGUCCAGCGUGGCUUGGUCCAACCUGGGGCAAACCAGCGUGGCUUGAUGCAGCCUGGGGCAGUACAGCGUAGCAUGGUCCAACCUGGGGCAGUCCAGCGUGGCAUGGUCCAACGUGGGGCAGACCAGCGUGGCUUUGUCCAGCCUGGGGCAGUCCAGCGUGGAUUGAUCCAACCUGGGGCAGACCAGCGUGGCUUGGUCCAGCCUGGGGCAGUCCAGCAUGGCUUGACCCAACCUGGGGCAGACCAGCAUGGCUUGGUUCAGCCUGGUGCAGACCAGCAUGGCUUGGUUCAACCUGGGGCAGACAAAAGUGGCUUGCUGCAGCCUGGCACAGAUCAGCGUGGCUCGGUCCAACCAGGUUUGGUGCAGCCUGGCGCAGACCAGCCUGGUGCAGAUCAGCAUGGUUUGCUGCAGCCUGGUGCAGACCAGCGUGGUUUGGUGCAGCCUGGUGUAGAUCAGCAUGGUUUGGUUCAACCUGGUGCAUAUCCACCUAGUCUGGGGCAACCUGGUGCAGAUCAACAUGGUUUGCUGCAGCCUGGUGCAGACCAGCGUGGUUUGGUGCAGCCUGGUGUAGAUCAGCAUGGUGUGGUUCAACCUGGUGCGUAUCCACCUAGUUUGGGGCAACCUGAUCAGCAUGGUUUGGUCCAGCCUAGUGCAGAUCAGCAUGGGUUGGUCCAGCCUGGUGCAGAUCAGCGUGGUUUGGCACAACCUGGUGUAGGUCAGCUUGGGUUGGUGCAACCUGGAAUGUAUCAUCAUGGCUUGGCCCAGCCUGGUGCAGACCAGCAUGGCUUGGUGCAACCUGGUGCCUAUCCACGUGGACUGGUGCAACCUAGUGCCUAUCCACCUGGUUUGGUCCAAGCUGGUGCCUAUCCACGUGGAUUGGUGCAACCUGGUACAUAUCCACAUGGUUUGUUGGAGCCUGGAGCAUUUCAUCGUGGUUUGGCACCCCAUGGACUUUAUCAGCAAGGCUUACUACCACCAGGCACAGAGCUUAGUGACUUUCCACCAUUACAAGUAGAUUCUCCACUUUUGGUAUCAUCACGCCCAUAUCAACAAGGCAUUGUACUUCCUGGAAGAGAUCAAUAUGGCCAGGUAUCGCCACUCGUAGCCCAUCCAGGUUUGACACCACCAGUGAUAGACCAAGAAGGUUUGGUACUACACCCAGAUCAACAGCAUUUGGUAUUACCUGGCCCAGAUCAGAGUGGUCAUGAGUACCCUGGCCCGAUGUAUCCUGACUAUCCUGGUCCAGGGUACCUGCGUGUAGAUCAGCAUGGGCAGAUGGGUUUGCUUCCAAAUCGAAUAGGUGCCUCAUACCAACCUGGGAUUCCUGACCAGACUGGCCCAGGCCAGGAUACCACCUCCGUCGGAAGGACAGAGUCUUCUGGCAUUCUCUACAAAAGCUCAUCAGAAAAUGUUGAAGACUCUAGUGAGCGACGCGAUUCGCUGGAUAAAUUGGCUCCAAGCUUCCCCAUGGCAGUGGAGACACUUCGUCUGAUGGGAGAGCUCAUUGGCCUCUACGUGGCACUAAAGGAACAUAUAAAUGACCUGGAAGGGGAGCAAACUGGCCAAACAGAUCUGGAGAAGAUACAGUACCUGAUUGCACAGAUGGUCAAAAAGAGCAUACCCCCUGACCUGCAGGAACAGAUGAAGGGCUUAAAGUCUGUGGCCAAAGAAGUUCGGCAGGAAAAAGCAAAACUGGACAGGCUGCAAAGGAUCCUGGAGGGUGAAGGGAUGCAAGAACCAGGGAAGGAAGUGAAAGCUGGCCAACUGAGCUUGCAGCUGGGCGUUCUCAGAGUGACUGUGGCUGACAUUGAGAAGGAGCUGGCCGAGUUGAGGGAGAGCCAAGAGCGGGGCAAGGUCAGCAUGGAGCACUCGGUCUCUGAGGCCUCUCUUUACCUACAGGAUCAGCUGGACAAGCUCAGGACGAUCAUCGAGAGCAUGCUGACCUCCUCUUCCACACUGCUGUCCAUGAGCAUGACCCCUUCCAAGGCCCGGAUGACCUUGGCACCUGGCCAGAUUGACCCUGAGGCCACCUGCCCUGCCUGCAGCCUAGACGUGAGUCACCAGGUCAGCACGCUGGUACAGCGCUACGAGCAGCUCCAGGACAUGGUCAGCAACCUGGCCGCCUCCCGACCUUCCAAGAAAGCCAAGCUCCAGAGCCAGGACGAGGAGCUUCUGGGCCAUGUGCAGAGCGCCAUUCUGCAGGUGCAGGGCGACUGUGAGAAGCUCAACAUCACCACCAGCAACCUCAUCGAGGACCACCGACAGAAGCAGAAGGACAUUGACGUGAGGGCCAACGGAGAGGGGGUGGGGCAAGGCCAGGUUCCACCCACCCCUUCUGGCCCCCUGCCCUAUCUUCCUCCCUCUUUAUUCUCUGCUCACCCCGCCUCCCAGGUGUUGUACCAGGGUAUAGAGAAGCUGGAGAAGGAGAAGGCCAACAGGGAGCACCUGGAGAUGGAGAUUGAUGUGAAAGCUGACAAGAGCGCCCUGGCAGGCAAAGUGAGCCGCAUCCAGUUUGACGCCACCACAGAGCAGCUAAACCACAUGAUGCGGGAGCUUGUGGCCAAGAUGAGCGGGCAGGAGCAGGACUGGCAGAAGAUGCUGGACAAGCUCCUACUGGAAAUGGAUAACAAGCUGGACCGCCUGGAGCUGGACCCAGUGAAGCAAAUGCUGGAGGAUCGCUGGAAAUCGCUGCGGCAGCAGCUCAAAGAACGUUCUCCGCUCUACCAGGCCGACGAGGCAGCUGCCAUGAGGAGGCAGCUCUUGGCACAUUUCCACUGCCUCUCGUGCGACCGUCCCUUGGAGACACCUGUGACAGGACAAAUCAUCCCCGUGACACCUGUAGGCCCAGGCCUGCCCUGGCACCGGUCCAUCCGGCCCUAUACCAUCUUUGAACUGGAGCAGGUCCGGCAGCAGAGCCGCAACCUAAAGCUGGGUGGCACCUUCCCCCGGGGUGACCUGGGGCAGAUGGAGCGGAGCGUGGGGCGCCUACGUACUAUGCACUCCAAGAUGCUGAUGGACAUCGAGAAGGUGCAGAUCCACUUCGGUGGCUCUGUCAAGGCCAGCAGCCAGAUGAUCCGUGAGCUGCUGCAGGCCCAGUGCCUCAGCUCGCCCUGCUACAAGCGGGUGCCGGACAUGGCCGACUAUAGCUACGCACCUGUGCCGCGGCGCUGCGGAGGCAGCCACACCCUCACUUACCCCUACCGUCGCAGCCGCCUGCAGCACCUGCCACAGGGCCCAUACCCCACCGAGGAGAUCCAGAUUGCCAUGAAGCAUGACGAGGUGGACAUCUUGGGUCUGGAUGGACAUAUUUACAAGGGACGGAUGGAUACAAGGCUGCCAGGCAUCCUGACCAAAGAUGCUCCAGGGGUUAUAAAGCACAAGUCCCAGCAGUCCCGGCUCCACAUUCAACGGCAGCAGCCCAUGGGCAACAGUGGCCAGCUGCCCUUACGGCCUCAGAGUGCUCAGAUGUUGGCUGGCAACAACUCAGCCCCUUCACGUCAACGGAAAGACAGACCCGUCUCCUCCGAGGGGCGCCUCUCCCAAUUGAACGUGGUGCACCCACCCAGCCCUGACUUGGCAAACCUUCGAUCAGGCAGCCCCGUGGGGCUAGAGAUGCACACGGACAUGCCUCCUCAGGAGGGGCUUGAGGAGCCCACCCGGGGACCUCGGUCCACUGCUGCACACUGA